ACAAAAGAAUAUAAUCGGAUUUUGUUGGAAAAAAGCAAGCAAACGUAAAAAAUAAAAAACAAAAACGAAAAUCAUUUCAAUCACACUUCAAGCCCUGUGUUUUUGCUGUGUGCUUCUACUUUUUGUGUCUCUCUCGAGAAACCAAAGAAAAAGUCUAUAAUAAAAUAUUUGCAAAAAUCAAUCUGCAACACUUUUUUGACCAUGGCCAAUAUUACCGUUGGACAAAUUAUUGUUGACGCUCAACGAAUGGCAAGUCGAAUCAAAGACUUGGAAGUCUUAAGUGGCGGAUUGCUAAUGGAGGCCGAAGGCAAUAAUCGACAUCUGGAGGCGAUGAGAAAGUUUCAAGAUGACUUAGAUUCGCUGAAUCGUAUUACACGUGACAAAUCCAAUGCCGAUAUGGUAAAUCGCAUAAACGUCCAAAAUCCAUGCAUUCGAAAGGUUCGCGAGGAGAAUCGUGAACUCAAGGCAUGCCUAGAAGAUCACGAAAGAGCACUAGAGCUGAUUAUGCAUAAAUACAGAGAACACACGCAAAGCAAAGUGCUCACAAGUCAAAUUAACUUUAAAGAAAUGUACAACGAGAAUCUGUGGAAGAUAAUACGCGAGCAGGCAGACAAAAUCACUGAAAUGGCCGCUGUAAUGCAGCGAGCCGCUUCAAUAGACGACGAAGCUAUGUACAAAGAAAUCGAAUUGCUUACAAAGCUCAAGAUGGAAAACCAAAAUCUAAGAGAAAUGCUCCAAAUCUCUAAUAAAUUCGAUUCAACUGGCAAGCUUAUAACCCCAAAUGCGCAUCUGCUCGAGGACAAAGCAAUACAAACAGAGAAUAAUGCCCCUACUACAUCUACAUCUGUCGCUGACCAUGAAUCAUCAGCAUUGACGACUUGUGCAAAUGUAGCCAACAACAACAACACACCCAUAAGCACUGUGGCUGACAAUGUGGUAGACAAAAUUGGAACAACCACAUCCGUGGCCACAUUGGAAUCGGGUGGUAACAACAACGUAGUGGCGAUAGUAAAUACACCACCAUCACCAAAUGCAGCAAUAGACAAUUCCAUUAUAGCAAACUCAACGGUGGCCACAACUAUAACUGCUGCCGUUAGUAAUUUAGAAAAGAGCUUAAAGAACACUUUGAAUAUGUCCAGCACCAACCAGCAAGCUAGUGGCGAUGAGAGUAGCCGAGUCGAAUCACAGCAACAACAAAAUCCAGAAGCACCACCAAAUAACCCAGCUAAUCUACCAACAGCCACAUCAACUACGUGAUAGAAUGGACUUAGUCCGAUUGACAAGCUUUCAAAAAUUUACACCAUUACCAUAAAACACGCUCCAUCUCUCUUGCUUAUUAAUUAAUUAAAAACAAAAUGAGUAACAUUAUAUUAUAAUAUGCUUUCUAAUUAAUUUUUGUAUUCUUUUUUGUUUUAAUUUUAUUCAUUAUCGCUGAUUUUUUUUAAGCAGUGAUAAGUUUUUUUAAAAAAUUAUUUAAUAUUCUUCUAACCCUCUACUGUAUAACCAAUGAGGUCAAUUUAUUUAUAAACUUAUGUUCAAUAUUAUGUCCCUAUUUUUCAACACCUAA